GUCUCUUUAAUGUGCGACUGACUCUCUGAAACUUGUCCGACGUGUUCUAUGAGUAAAUGUAUCCAGAGUACUUGCAGUACUUCUUUGUAUGUGUAAUAAUACUUUGUCCCUGAAGGAACCCUGGUCUCCACCUCGAUCCCCGUGCAGCUCGCCGCCUCGCUCCCCGCUGACGUACCGAGGCUACCCCUACGCCAAGCAGAGGAACGGGGCCGACUCACUGACCGCCUACGAGAGCAAGCCGUCCUCUCGGCCGACGGUUCACCCGGACCAGCGCUCCUCGCCCGGUACCUACGGGACCAGAGCCGCCGUGGAGCGUCCCGCGAGGACUUCCUCGUCAGAGAGGCUGGACCAGCAGGGCCUCGUGGACCCUGAAGACGACCCCUGGAGGAUCACAGAGGAACAGCUGGAGUAUUACACCAAUCAGUUCAAGAGCCUGCAGCCCGACCUGGGGGCUCUCAUCCUGGGAACCAUUGCAAAGAACUUCUUCACUAAAUCUAAACUCCCGAUUCCAGAACUCUCCCACAUCUGGGAGCUGAGCGACGUGGACAGAGACGGAGCGCUCACGUUCUCUGAGUUCUGCACGGCCUUCCACCUGAUCGUGGCCCGUAAGAACGGGUAUCCUCUCCCAGAGAGCCUCCCCCCGACGCUGAGGACGGGCUCCAUGCAGCCGGAGGACGAGGACACGCCGGACACCCCUGAGAGUGCAGAGCCUCUUAUUGUCUUUGAGGACGCUGAGCCGAGGCCGAGUCUCACGAAUCGGAGCGUCAUCGAGCGUCUGACCUCAACAAAAGCAGAAGUGAAGGAGGAAUGCUGUCAACGAGAUGUUGGCGUGAAGACGGAGACGACGUCUCAAGAGAAACGUGUUCUACGUCUCGCUGCUUUCACUGAGAGGACAGAGCCGCCUCAGGACCUGGACCCACACAUGAGGACGAGAACUAGACGGAGGUCUUACUCCAGCACCUCUAUCGAAGAUGCCAUGAAGAAGGCAGAAGAGCCUCCCACCCCCCCGCCUCGACCCCAGAAAACCCACUCUAGAGCCUCCUCGCUGGACCUCAACAAGCUCUUCCAGCAGGGCGCUCCAG